AUGUCCAUCAUCGACACGACCAAAGAUCUGUCGGCACUGUUCACAAAACAGGUCCAAGCCACUCCAGAUCUCAUUGCUCUUGAAGACGACAAGGAGACAUAUACAUACCAGCAGCUUCACGACAAAGUUUCGACGCUUGCCGCCCGGUUACGAAGUCAUGGCGUGGGACGCGAUAGCUUGGUUGGGGUACUGCUGCCGCGUUCCGCCAACUAUGUGAUUGCUUGUCUGGCAGCUCUACAAGCCGGUGGCGCAUUCCUGGUGCUGGAAUUGGCAUAUCCCCCAGAUCUGCUUGCAGACGUUCUAGAAGAUGCACAACCAGCAAUUGUGGUUACUAUCAGUGCUGAGGUUGGGAAAAUCAAGGCAGGGACAGCACUUGUUGUCUUAGAUGAGCAAGAAACAGCCACAAACGGUCAUACAGAAGAGCAGAAACAACAACCACUACCUUCGGAAGAUGACCUUGACAAAUUAGCUUUUGUCGCCUACUCAAGUGGAACCACUGGAAAGCCCAAAGGCAUUGCAAAUCCACACAGAGCAUCAGUACUUUCUUAUAAUCUCAGGUUCGGUCUGUCGGAUUUACAACCAGGCGACCGUGUGGCGUGCAAUGUCUUCUUUGUCUGGGAGAUCAUUCGUCCCCUCUUACGCGGAGCUACAGUCGUGGUUGUUCCAGACGAUGCGAGUUAUGAUCCCCGAAUGCUCGUAGAUUUACUGGCGACCAAGAAAAUCACCGAAACACUUUUUACCCCUACACUCUUUGCCGCUGUUCUGGCUCGCCACCAAGCACUGGGUUCCCGAUUACCAGACCUGAAGACCAUCUGGCUGAAUGGAGAGGUUGUAACAACAGAUCUCGCGCGAAGAGGCCUGAAAGCUCUUCCAAAUACUCGCCUACUUAACGUCUAUAGCGCAUGCGAGACCCAUGAAAUUGCCUGUGGAGAUAUCAAGGACAUGUUGGAGAAGCUUGACCAAGGUGCUAUCUACUGCUCAGUGGGGCCCCCACUCAUUGACCGCAAGCACAUUUACAUUCUCGAUGAGUCGGGUCAAAAGGUGGAAGAAGGGGAGAAUGGCGAGCUCUUCGUUGGUGGGCACUUACUCGCCCGAGGCUAUCUCAACCGCCCAGAAACUACCGCGAAAGCUUUCGUCCGAAAUCCGUACAUCUCGAAGGUCGGUGCUCGCAUGUACAGAACGGGCGACAAGGCAAGACUUCUCGCAAAUGGCCUACUCGAGAUCACUGGACGUGUGGGAGCAAUGAUCAAGAUACGUGGUUAUUCAGUUGUUCCUGGAAAGGUCGAGAGCGCAAUUGUGAACCAUCUUGCUGCUAGUCGAUGUGCUGUUGUUCCCUGGGGAGAGGGUAUCGAUCGCCAACUCGUUGCUUACUUCGUCCGUGACAAGGACUCCUCCGAUGAACGUCCUGUAGUGGAGGUUGACCGGACAGGUCGCAGUGCAACUGCACGGCGCAUGCUGAUACCAUAUCUUGCGCAUUACAUGAUUCCUUCUCUAUGGGUCGAGCUUGAAGAACUACCCACGAGCGACGUCUCUGGUAAGGUCAACCUCAAAGCGCUGCCACCGCCGAGGCCCAGUUCGCCAACCGGCAGUGCGCGCAAAUUCGAGCAGAGUCCCAUUACCAUCGAGCAGGUCACUGAGAUCUGGGCUUCGAUUCUCGGCGUCAGCGCAAGCUCGAUUACCCCAGAAUACAACUUCUUCGACCUUGGCGGUCAUUCUCUACUUCUUGCAGAUCUAGCUGCACGCUUGUCGAACACGUUUGGUUUCAGAGUACCAGUUGCACGGCUGGCCAACCCAGCAACACUCAAUGGACACUUAGAUACCGUCCGAGCCAUUCGAGACGGUCAUACCGCCGAGGUGCAAGAAAAUCUGCCAGCUGUGCUGCGCGCAGACUCUGUACUAGACAAGGAUAUCCAUCCUCAAUUUUCUAAAUUUUGUGCCAUCAAGGAUGCCAGAACAGUAUUCCUCACCGGUGUCACUGGUUUCCUUGGGGCUUUCCUUUUGCGAGAUCUCUUGGAGAACACCUCCGCUCAGAUUCUCUGCAUGGUCCGUUUUGCAGACUCAUCACAGGACGAUAUCCCCGCUGGUAUUGCUAGAAUCCGCAGGAAUAUGCUUGACUUUGGCCUCUGGAGCGACAACAUCAUGGAGCGCGUAGAAAUUCUUCCGGGCAACCUGUCUCGUAAACGGUUUGGCCUUCCACCUGACACCUUCAAGGAGCUUGCCGAGCGUACUGAUGUCAUUCUUCACGCUGCAGCUACUGUCAACCUGGUAUACCCCUAUGCUGCGCUGCAAAAGCCCAACGUUGGUGGUACACGAGAGAUCCUUCGUCUAGCCGCUCAGGGUGGUGCAACUGUCCAAUACAUUUCCACGAAUGGUGUCUUGCUUCCAAAGCCAGGCCGCGAGGGAUGGCCUGAAGAUGCCAUGCUUGAAGUAGAUGACGUUGUCAAGCUUGCUGAUGGCUAUGGGCAGACAAAGUGGGUUGCUGAACAACUCGCGCUAGAAGCUGGUCGCCGUGGAGUGCCUAUAAAGAUACAUCGCAUCGGCACCAUCAGUGGCCACAGCGAGACAGGUGCUGCUAACGCUUGGGAUCUUUUGACAGCCUUGAUCGUCGAGUCAAUCAGGAUAGGUCACUACCCAGAGGUCAAUGGAUGGCGUGCCGAGAUGACCCCCGUGGACUUUGUCAGCAAGGCCGUCAUUCACCUUAGCAACGAGACCGAGACCGAGCAACCCAUCUUCCAUAUUGGUGACCCCGAUCCUGUAGAUAUCAGCCAGGUGUUUGAGGACCUUAACGCUCUUGGCUAUCCGACUAAGCCACUUGAGUUUGAGAAGUGGGUUGCGCUCUGGGAUGACAAGCGAGGCUCUGCCAAGGGUGGCGAUGGUGCAUUCACUGUGGACAUUUUACGAAGCGGUAUGCCUAGCAUCGAAUUUCUCAGGGACGUUGUUGUGCUAGAUAAUGCAAAGACGAGACCAUUACGCUUGGCUAUCGAGCGCCCGAAGGUGGAUCAAGUCCUCCUUGAGACCUACACUCGCCAUUGGUAUGCUCGAGGUUGGCUACCAAAACCACCAACCCGUCAGGAUGCUGCCGGAGGUUGCGCCAGGCUCCCCCGAAGAGGACCACUGUUUGGCAAGGUUGUGGUCGUCAUGGGUGCAUCGUCUGGUAUCGGUGCUGCUACUGCUGCAGCACUCGCCCGUGAGGGUUGCCAUGUCGCCCUUGCGGCUAGACGAGUCGAUGCGCUUGAAGAUCUCAAGAAGCGCCUAGUGAUUCGCGAAAGCAAGGUCAUCACCCAGAAGACUGACAUCACCGACAAAGUACAGGUCGAAGCACUAGUCGCUACAGUGGAGAAGCAGCUGGGUCCCAUCGACAUCUUCGUCUCGGUUUCCGGUGUCAUGUACUUCACCAUGAUGGCCAACACGCAAACCGAUCAAUGGAACCAGACUGUCGACGUCAACUGCAAGGGUCUUUUGAACGUCAUUUCUUCUGUAGUCCCCUCCAUGCUUAAGCGCGGCAAGGGCCAUCUCGUCGCCAUCUCCUCGGACGCCGGUCGCAAGGUCUUCCCCGGUCUUGGCGUAUAUUCUGCGUCAAAGUUCUUCGUCGAGGCUACUCUGCAGAGCCUACGCGUCGAAACAGCGGGAUCGGGUUUGCGGGUGACGAGCGUGCAGCCAGGCAACGUAGCCACCGACUUGCUGGGCAUGAGUACGGAUCAGGAAGCGUUGAAGAAGUAUGGUGAGCCGAGCGGGGCAAAGGUCCUGGAUCCGGAGAAUGUGGCGGAUAGCAUUGUGUAUGCGCUCAGGCAGCCGGAGCAUGUUGCGGUGAACGAGAUUAUGAUUGAGCCAAGGGAUGAGCCGAUUUGA